CCAGACAUUGUGUCAAAGUCACGGGUGCAAGCGUGUACUGCAGCACUAUGGAAGCAGCAAGACCGCGAAAGAAACAAAAGAAACGGAAACCUUCAAGCAGAGUUCGCACCAACAACGAAUCCGAUACGCAUGAUUCGGGCAGCGCAAGCGGUGUUACUACCGAACAAAGUACAACCGUAAUCGAGCGUCCCGACGUCGCUGCAGUGGAUGAGGAAAAGGAUGUAGAGAGUGAGUCACAAUUGCAUGUAGCAGAUGAGGAGGUUAGUCACGUGAGUACACCAGUGAAAGUGACUGAAGCUGAACCAGAGAAGAAUGGCAUUGAUGAUAAGGAAAAUGAGGGUGCAGCAGAAGUCUCAGUUACUGGAGAUGCUGAGUGUGAGACUGUGAAUGAACAGACGAGUGAGUCUGUGGAGUGGACGUUGUUGCAGUCUGAGGAAUCAGUUGGGAAUGAAAAGGAGAGCAAUGAGAUAACAAGAAGUAGACAGAUUGAGGAGAUUGAGAGUUCGACUAUGCGGCAUGUGGACGAUAUGGUUGUGACCGAAGAAAUCAGAGUCGACGUCAGUGAUGUGGAUGUCAGUCCGCUGGCUGUGGAGAUACAAAGUGUGCCUGAAAUUGAGGAAAUAGCUCAAGAGGCAAUUACAAUUUCUACUCAAGCUGAUUUCAACGCUGCAGAUCAAGUAUUGAGCGCUGCUGUGGAAAACAGAUUAAUUCAAGAUCAACAUGUAAACAAGAGUCUUGUUGUUCCACUUCAGUCACAACUGGUUGCUGUCGACGAAGCAGAAGAGGGUGUGUUUACCGAAGAGCAACUGGAAACUCUAUAUGAAAACCAAGAGCUAAAACGGAACGACGAGUUUAUCGACAAGUUUUUAAUAGCAUGUAAUCAAGAGAGACACGAGUUUUAUGGGUUGCUAAUGGAUUACUACAAAGCUCGACUGGCUUUGGUUGAUGCCGACCAGAACGUCAAAAACCUUCUUGCUGAGUAUGAGAGUCAGAAGGAGAAAGUGUGGCGGACGGAAGAAUUUGUAGCGACGGCAUCCGGGAAGUGUGGUGAUGGCAACAAAGUGCAACAGUCUCAUAACUACAAGCAAGCAAAAUUUGAUCGUGAGAGAGUCGUUGUUAUCAAUAAAGUGUUACAUGAAAUUCGAUCGUCACUACAGGAGGUAUUGUGUAUGAAAUCAUACACGUGCCAAGUGGCUAAGCAGCAUAUUGAGAUGUACAUUUACGAUCUGCUGAGCAGUCUUUCGUUUGUCAAGGAUUUGAAUGCGGAUUCUUCUGUGACAGCUUGGCCUUCGAAGCUCGUCCCACCAAUGGCCGACGCACUUCUUCAACGUUUACGGCAGUCUGUUAGCGUUCUGUUCAUGUUUCAUCGACGACGUUUAGCCGACGAGGAGUUUGUUACCUACCUUCGUUUCUGGACAGAACAGUUGGUGUCGUACAUGUUGCGAGUCGCCACCGUCGACGAUCACCUGUUUCUGCUCAAUCAUCUCUUGAGGUGUCCACCGGGUGUUGGUCAGUGGGGAACACGUUUGCUGCAGGUGCUCCCGCCCACUCUGUCUGGUCCGAUACACGAGCAGUGGUGUCAAUCGUUUACUGGCUUGCAAGAGCUUCCGUCUGCAGUUGUCCAGUGUUUAGUGCCACCGAAUGUGGAGAGUUUGACGUUGUCGUUGGGAUCUGAUACGUUGUAUGAGGAAAUUCUUUCUGAUGGUUCGUCGUGGGGUGGCCAUCUGCUUGAUCACUUCGUUACAAUGCUGGCUACUUUACUGAUUCCUGUCAAACAGCGUAAUGAGAUGUUGGCUGAUUUGGAAAUAACUCUUACACCAAACCCAGUUGCUAGAGCUCAGGCUUGGACAUUUGUUGAUGAAGAUGGCGAUGAGGAUGAUGAACCAUCCGAGUCAAAUCUAUUACUGAAGGAAAGCGAUUACACACAAUUCUUCAAUCAGUUUUCUCUAUCAUCAACAUUCCAGUACGUUCUUGGUAUACAGUCAAUCGACUCCGACUUGAGCUACACUGUGGAGAAGAUGACCAGCUAUCGUCUCAUGCGAUUAUUUGCAUUCAGCAGUUGUUUAAUGAAAGUACUCAGUGUAGCAUUCUCAACACUUCGACAGCUCCGAUAUAAAUCAUUUGGCAAAAUCAUUGCCAGAUCAGUGCGGCAGACAGUUCAGUACAUGUCUGAUCAUUGGCUGGCGUAUCGUAGCUGGCGGGUUGACGUGUUGGGAGAGAAUGAGCAUCAGGUGCCUCUCACUGUGGGUUCGGAGUAUGCGUUUUCGUUGAAGCGACUGCAGAGUGAAUUAGAUGAGCUGUGUUUUCGUGCUGUCGUCUGUAUUCUUGAAGGACAUCAUUUGGCAACUUGGCAGUUCUUAGCCGAUAUGCCAUACAACAACAUCUCAUCAAAGAUGUUAUGGAAAAUCUUCUGGAUGUUGAUUGAUCCACAAGGUGAUAACACUGCCAGCAAUACGUCACAAGACAACUGGAAAGAAAGACUAAAUGACUCUCACAGACGUGAUGCUUUCAUGAACCGAUUGAUGGACAUGAGUUUUUCAGAGGGCACAUUUCUAUUGACGACGUUUGCAAACAUGGCCAGAUGUCAACCCAAGCAAAUCGAAUUUGUUGAAGCCGUGUGUCUCGAACUGUACGAGGUCACUCAAGUGCAUGUUGCAAUGAGAGAUUUGUGUAGAAAAACGGGUCGUGAUCUCCUGGGAUCUGUGGCUGCUACUUGUCCUCGUAUCAUUUCUGUACUCUUGGCACGUGUCAGCUUGUCUAUUGAAGAUACUGGAAUGGAGGCUAUCUACUUAUUCAAGGUUUUGCCUUUGCGCCAGUGGGUUCCAACCGACAUGGACAUGCAACUUGUGAGGAAAUUUCUUCUGCACCACAACGUUUCGUCGUAUCAACACCACUUGGCAAGAUCGAUCUUGGCCAGCCUCAAUUGGGGCUUUUCUAAUUCUGAUGGCUGUGGAGAAUUGGCUGUGCCCUUCAGUCUUCAUCAGACAGUCGCAAUACUGUUGGUCGAGGUUGAACAUGCUGUUGAUCUAGUUGCAGUCAAGAAGCAGGCAGGGGCCGAUAUCCUUGCUCAGUGGAAUGUCUACAAGUCUGACGACGACAUCAAGAAAACUGUCAGCAGUUGGAUGUGGACUGUUGCCAUGUCACUGCGUCUUCACCGUUCCAACCAACCUGUACCUGUUAUGAGACCCACGUCACUGGCAUCCGGAGGAGAAGAGGCACGAGACGUCAGACAAGAUUUUGUGAUACCAGAGUUUAGUGAUGUGACGUUUUUGCCAGUGAAGCAAGCUAUUUCACAAUCAGCCCUUGCUUGCUUUAUUGCUUUGUCUGCUACAUCAGUUGGCCAUGAAUUGGAGGCAUUUUGUUCAACUGGCCUGCAGUUCUUGAGUCAGUUAGUAGAUUCAAAGCAUUUGCUGGCUGCACUGAAAGUGCUUUCCAACACUGUUACGACAUUCAUUGCUGAUGCUGACACUCUACUAUUGGAGCAAAGAUUUGUGUCUAUUUUGCUUUCUCUAGCACUGGCUGACCUCAACAUGGCAACAUUCCUGCAAAAACUGACUGGCGGUAUUGGUGCCGGAGCAAAUACAAAGUUAUUGGCAUCUCUUGUGCAGACCCAAGUGCUGUCAUGCAAUAGACCAGACAGACAAGAGUAUGUUAAACAGAUUGUGGAAUUUUGGGCUCAAGCGUUUACCUCACUAGACAACUGGAGCAGAGAGAAGAGCAUUCAGUGUGUGCUUGACAGUUUGGUGAAAGUUGUGUUUAACAUUCCGGCGUGUCUAGACGUAUUGCUCAACGUCUUGUAUCACAAAUACGAAGAAUUACUGAAUACUGAAGUAAAGAGUAAAGGUGGAUUUGUUGGCAACUUCUUUUCGAUGCUGUCCGGUUCUAGUGAACCGCCAUCUUUGCUUGACUUUGUGGAUCCUGAGUAUUCUUGGUUUUCUUACGCUUGUCUCACUGUGGAAUCACAGUAUGAAAAAAGUUGUGGACUUCGAGACUUUCUUCAUGAGCAGCUGGAAGACAAUCCAAGAGCAUCAGUAGAUCAGGCACUUAAGGCUUACUUUGCUUCCCAUUCUUUUCCAAAAGGAUCUUUUCGUUCGAAUCACUUGUGUAUAUAUCGAUGGAGUCAGCUCGGUGAGGUCCUUGACAACGAUCACCCACUUUUACCUUUCGUGUGGCAGCAAUUUUUUGCCUUAUUCUUUCACUUUCGAUAUUCCGAUGAUGAUCGUAGAAGUUCAUCUCGAAUUAGUCAAGGUCAACGAUUCUACUCUAGUCUUUCGCAGUCAGGAACAGUCCGCACAAUGAAACGGAGAUUGAAAUCUCUUUGUGAUCACCACAAGUCUAUAGCGGUAUCUGCAGCAGCCGAACAACAGGCUGCCAUAUCAUCAACAGUUUCUGGUGAUGUCAGUCUCCAUGACAAUCUAUCAAAACUUUACUAUGCGAUGAGUCUUUGGAUUGAAGAGCCUCGGUUGCACUCAGCGUCGUUGUACCUUCCAGAUCUGCCACCUCAGUAUCUCAAUGACCGGCUGGAUUCAUUAAUGAAAGCUGAACCUUCUUUGUGGUACGAUCUCGUUGAUCAUGCUGCUGUAACCAGCAACAUUCAAAGAAUGGUACAGGGAUGGUUAAAGGCAGCACGAUUAGAGUCAUAUCAAGUACACAGUCAGGAGAGAGUUCAGACAUCAAGUUCUAGUGAGGACACAGCCAGAAGUCGUCUUAUCAAUCGAUUAACAAGAACAGAAGUAUCACCAGAACGUCCUCCAGCUGUAGUCCUUGCACACUCUCCGAUAGAAGCAAUAGAUUUCAGCGGCGUUUCGAAUGCUCACACAGUUCUUUCCGCCGUAAACGAGGACUUAACCAUUCUCACCAAUUACGCCCAGAUUUUCAGCAAACGAAUUUCAAUUAUGAAAGAAAAGGAUUCUGAAUAUUUAGAGGCAUUGCCGGCCGUGUGUUACAACGAAGACUGCGCGUUGCAUGUGAGUGUAUCAUGUCGGAGUCGAUUCAGCUCGAACUUCGUGUGUGCCGGUCCAGCCAGACUGGUGAUUAAGUAUAAAGAGAAACGUGUUCGUCGGUCUGUUCUCAACGAAAUGGAACGAAAUCGAGAGGAUUGGAGACGCGAAUACAGAGAACUCGUUCGACCAAUUGACAAAGCGGUGGUGAUAUCGGCUAUCAGGAUUGAGUCUGUUAUAUCUCGCAUGGUCAAAGCUUUUGCAGAUAUGUCAGAGAUGGCAGGUUGUAUUAUGGAAGCAGCGAGUGUUCUGUUCUACCACAUGGUUCGGCUUGUUGAUGAUAAUGUUUCUAACACUCCACCAUUGCGUCACUUUUUUACUUUCUGUGUUGAAGUACUCGGGCAGAGGUUUAUUGCUAACAAUCCACCUAAAACAAAAGAACUCCUGUUUACAAUGAUUGAGUCACCAGAACUGUCGUCUAUCCUGUGUCCUUUGUUUACCCCAAAUGUGUGUCCUGAAGACUUUGUGGCAAUGUAUGAGCGAAUUUCCAAAACGUUUAAUAGCUCUGGCACUGCAGAAGCAUUCUCAGCGUUAUCAAAGUUUGACAUUCAAGACUGGCUGACUCGGUACUCACCUGACUACACUCAGUGCAGCUACAUGAUUCAAUGUAUUGGUACCGCAUUGGCUGUUUGUGGACGAGACCCAGUGUCGGACAUUGAAAUGAUGUUCGGUCUUUAUCGUUUACACCUACGUCUUCUCCUGGGUUAUAACUUUCCGAGUCUUUAUGCUGACACGCUUCAGAUGUUACUCAAUUAUACAAAUCGGUCAUUGAUAAGUACUUUGUGCUGGGAAGAUUUUCUUACACUUAUUGGCUGUUCAUUGAGCAUUGAUGAAGACAAGUGUGUUGAUGUGUUAGUUGCGUUGGCAAACAGGUACUCCAAGGCGAAGCUGAAACUGUCUGCAGGACAGGUGUCAGAAACAGUAGAAUGGCUAGCCGACCAUUUCAGCAAGCUUCGUGAGUCGUUUAGGUCAACUGUGGUUCAGCCGUCUAGCAGUGGCUUGAUUGCUGCUUCGGACUUGUAUUCACAUCUGCAUCCUUAUGUCAACUAUUUGGCUGAUUUUCUUGGCUACAUGGGACAGUUGCUGAUCAUUCACCUUGGAAACAGGCUUGGUGACAACCUCCUCUCAGCGAUUCAGAAUGUUUGGCAGCUGCUUGUGAAAUUGUUUGAGCCGUGGAUUCAGAUGUUAGCGGUUGAUCUGUUGGAUGGAUCGGCUGGAAUACAGCCACCAUGGCGGGCAGAUCAGAACGACAUGGCUUCAUUGUUUGUCAACAACUUCGUCACUUGUGCAAGCUGUUUGCAGUCUAAAUGCCAAGCAUUUAUGUUCACAGAAUACGAUGUGAUGUUCCUAGCAUGGCAAUACUAUCAUAACAUGUUGGUCAAGUCAGUCAUCCCCGAUUACGCCUUGCUUGUCUUUCAUACCGAGAUGAGGAAGUUGCCGUGGCAAUCGUUCUUUCCCACUCUAGAUGUGUUGCAAAAUAUGCUUGAGGUAGAGACGUCUUUCACAACAAGCUGCUUUGUAUUUGUGGGCAGAGUGAUUCCCUAUAUGUCUUGGUCAUCGGUUAUUAGCAAAUACGAAUUUGAGUUGGAAAAUUCAACACCCGGUGCUUCUUGCGUUCUUCACAGCACAUUACUACAACUCAUCGUUAGGAUACUGGCCAAGAGGGAGAUAAUGGAAACAAAGGGUUUACCAAUGAGGAGUCUGUUGCAGGUGUUAGGCGAUUUGCCUUGGUUUCGUGUUGAUACAGGAGCUUAUAGUAAUGUGUGUCAGUGGCAACAAGAAAACUGCAAUCCAGUCAUGGUGUUGCACAGUAAUUCAUGUCUUGCCAUGGCACUUGGGCUUCUGAAGCAAGCCGCAGAAUUCAGUACACCCGACGGUGUCCCCGCAGGAACGGACGCUCUUGCAAAACGAUGCUCAUACAUUCAGCUGGUGGUCACAUUGAUAUCAAAAUGUUCAUCACUUAAAGAGCUUGCAAAAGAGAGUUUCUACGAGCCUGUGAAGGAAUUAUUUCAGAUUAUAGAAUCCUGUGUAGUCAAGGACGGUCGCAUACCGAGUCAGGACGUUGCAGUGAUGAUAUCUGAGUUUCUUGCUCUUCUUAAUCAUUGUCGUCCAAGCAGUGCUGCAAUAGCUUCAAUACUGCCAACAACUUUAGAGUGUAUCAUGACCCCAAUGUCUUCAUCACAUUCAAUUGUGACUCUUCCAUUCAUUAGUGCGGCUUGUCAAUCGUUGGCAUCUAUGGCACACAUGGUUGCAGUACUGGAGGCCGCGAUAAUGACUCACUUCAGUGGAUGUAAUUUGGUAGUUGGAGCGGCUGGUAAUCAGUUGUCGUGGUUGUGGUCGGAAGUAUUGACGAUGCUGGAGAUUCCUGAGUUGUCGCUUGAUGAGUUUUUGCAAGCGUGUGUGUCUGGGAGAGCGUUGCUGACUCUGUAUACUCACGUUUUGAAACAUUUACCGCAGUGUGUUAAUCUGAAGGAGGAGUUUGUCAUUCUUGAACAAGUUGUUCAGUGGUGCAGUAAUGUUCAGCUGACGCCCGAGUGUGAGACAAAGAUUCCCUUGUUGUGGCACAAAGCAAUCGACUUAUGCCUACGGCAAAUCGACUUCGGAGGAUCGAAUGUGCUAUCACUACUGAACAAAGUGGCUGCUGGAAUGAUGAAGUGCGGAGAAGACAAAGAGAGCAGUGGCUUCCUGGGGGCAAUCGGAUUAGGCAAGAGAUCCAAUCUCAGUACAAAGUUUCGCUUUCUCAGUCGCUCGUUGGCUGCUGCUGUUCACAUCCAACUUCCAUCUGAUCUCUCCAUACGCCUUCAACCCAACGAUCCCGGUCAUCCUCGGGAUCAGAAACUCUCUAGUGCUUCGACCUCUCAGACUGAGAAAGCUGUGGCUGGAUUGGAGUCGCUCAGGACCAAUAGACAGUAUGCAGAGCUUGUCGGUCAGGUUGAUCAGGUCUACUCUGUUGUCUCUCAACCUUCGUUUUGUCUUCGAGACGUUCCACCGCUUCUGUCUCGUCUUGCAAACACGCUGUUUCCAUUCGCGGCAUAUCUUCGUGUGCUUGCCGUGUGAUAGUCGGUGGAAAUAUAUUCAUUAAUGAUUAAUCUUGGAGUGAUAUCCGGGAACUGUCGAGUUUUGAUGUUACUAAUAAUUGAACCAUUAGCCAUGUAAUAGAGGUCAUUCUGUAAUUCUGUACUGCACAUUUUGGAGUCAUUGGAAUACGUGAUAGACUAACUACAAGCAA